AUGGGUCUACUCGAUUUUUUGAACAAACGACCCCCUGUUGAUACGUUGUCUGGGCAGAAGAACCAGACUACUUCUGCGCAAGUCCGAGGAGUCAUUGCCAGUCGUGAAAGCGGAACGAGAACGCCGGAUCCAUCGCAACGACUACUUAAGCCAAGACUUGUGGGUAUUAGCGAAGUACGUCCCGGGACAAACCCAAAAGACUCCAGCAGCACAAAACCCUUUCAACUCAAGGCCGUCGGACGUAAUCCGAAAGACUCUAUAAGUGGCCUAAAGCUAGACGCUGUUCCGAAAUUUAGCGACCGCGAACGGCCCAGGAGCCGCAAUGAUGUCGAGCAGCUCACCCCAAUGUCUCUGAAUUUCCCUCGUCCUCGCCGACGCUCAUCAGCUUUUGUCGAUAUUCUAGAUGCUCAGGGAGAGAUAAAACCUUCCAAUUUCAAAUCAAGAAUCCAAGCAUCUGGUACUCGUGAUUAUGGCGAAGAUGUUGCCGACAGAAAUAUGGUCGAGAGCUUGCCGAGCCCAAGAACUCGUGCCGUAUAUUCCUCUCUUUCUGGCUCGACGCUUCCAUAUCGCCCGCAUGGUAGUGUAUCGACCGCUAGCUCUUCCAGGUACGCCUUCAGGGGGCAAUCAGCGCUUGAAUAUCCUAGAGACAAUUCUAUUUCUGCACCUGGAUUCAACGGCCGUCCAUCUUCCCGACACACAUCUAUUAGGAGUCGCCCUGGGUCUAGGGGGAGAGUUAGCCCUGCCACAGAAAGCUUUGAUAAAGUCAUGAGUUUCGAUGGUAAUGAUUUUCAUGACUAUCGCCCUCAAUCAAAGAUGUCCUAUGGCCAAAUAUCUGUAACUGGUAGCCGAGCAUCUACGCCACAGCAGGCUCCAAGGACAGCAGAUGGUAGUUAUAUGCGCGACGAGAGUAACACACUAUAUGAUGACCUUCGCUCCGCUUCUCCUCCUGGUGUUCCUCGCUACAAGCCUAGGCAAUAUAGUUUACCGAGCGGUAAAUUUCCUUCUGGUGCCUUGCCGGGAUCAGUUCGCUCAGCACGGGAAAAUCUCAACAACUCUCUUUUGCCUCCGCAUUUCGACCGAUCUAGACGAAUGUACCAACAGCGUUGCAAAACGCCCACUUCUCCAAACCAGCUGCACAGUUUCCGCCAUAGAGUGGACAAUGACUGGAGCCGAUUCAACAGACACGCAGGAGACCAUCUACAUCCGGCCUCAUCAGCUUGGGAAAACGCAAGCUCAUCAGCCUCGGAAUAUGCGCCUUCGUUUUCUUUUGGCAGCACUGGUAAUCUUCAAAUAGAUGAUGCUGACAGGCAGCCUUCUAUCCGGACAUUCGGAAGACGGGGGUCCAUUUCAUCGUACGCCCCAUCCGACUACUCCGGUCAGCAACUGACUGGCGGCCGCAGCAUUCGCACAGCGGAUACCUCCAUUGACAUACCUCAUAAUUCUUUAUUUAAUGAAAUCAAGUUUCUGGGCGGCUCUUCUCGCAACCUUCGAUCUCGAGGUGGUGAUAGCUACAUUGCUCCAGAUCGAACUGGCGCAGAGGAAGAUUCUGGUGGUGAAUCUAUUUUUAUCUCCCCCGCUACGCCAUCGGAAGAGCAGCAGCCUCCUUUUAGCCCACUAUCGCCAAGCCAUCGAUAUGGAGGCCUCAGCAUAAGUAGUUAUGACGCUACUAACGCAUCCGACUCAGACGCCGACUCUUUUUGCAAUGAGCAACGGCAAACUCGUCGGGAUGGCGAAGCACUCUUAUUCAGGGCCCAGGGCUUUGGCGAUGACGGCAAGAGUCUUCCAGGGCUAUUUAACGGUCCGGAGAACCUUUCUAUACCCAAAUGGCCAGAAAUACCUGUCACUCCAACAGAUGUAUCUGAAAUGGGUGAUGAUGAGUCGUCUGUCAUAGGACUGGCUGUGACUUCCCCCGAGCCGCGCCAAACCUCCCCAAGGCCGUUUACUCAGCGCGAACGACUACUGGCUCUCGGUUACGACUACGAUUCCGACUCAGAUAUAGAAACUUCUGUAGACUCGGAUGAGGUACCCGAAGAUCGAGCACUACAGCUGCUCUCUGCUCUUGUAAGGGGUAGAACAUCUGCUGCCUCUGGCUCUCAAAGCACGAAAGGGCCACCGGCAGACAUGAAAGCAAUUGCCAAACUUCGCAAGGAUGUCAAGAGGAGACAGCGGCUUGAUGCUUCGCCUGCGGGACGGAGAAGCAAGUCUUCUAGCGGGGAACGCGGCGAAGUUAACACUGCUACCGCAACGAAAUGA